GAAAUAACUAUAAAAAAUAAAUAAUACAGUAUCAUCUAACUAAUCAUAAAAUAAAAGAUAUCGGUUUAAGAAUAAUCAGCAAAGAGAUACUGUGAUUUAUUCUUAAAUCAAAAUCAGAGUUGGUUUAAAUAAAUAGUCAAAUACAAUAAAUAAAGGAGGAUUAAAAAGAACUUUUUAAUGAAAACUAUGAAGUGAAUAUGGAAAACAAUAGAAAAAAAAAUAGAAAUUGCAGAAUUAAGAAUUUUGCCAUAGAAAUUUAGGCAAAUCAAAUGGAUUGAAUGUUUCUAAAUUGAUGCAUGAAAUAAUAGCAUCUCCAACAAGAGCAAAGAAAUUAAAAAAGAUCAAACAAUAUAGAAUUUGUCGAUUCGUUCAAAAAUGAAAGAAACGAAUUAAUGAUUAUGUGGCCCAAUAUUGUUCGUGAAUUGACAGAAAAUAAUGAAGAAUUACCGGAUGUUAACAAAUGGAUAACAGAGAUAUUGGAAUAUAAUGUUCCAAAAGGAGGAAAACGAAGAUCAGUAUCACUUGUAAUCGCAUAUAAAUUGCUGGCGUCUCAAGACCAAUUAACAAAAGAAAAUAUUUGUUUAGCUCGUAUUCUAGCUUGGUGUAUAGAAAUAAUGCAUGCAUUUUACAUAGUGAUGGAUGAUAUUGUAGAUCAUACAGACAUACGAAGAAAUCAACCAACCUGGCAUGUAAAAGUUGGAUUAGGAGCAAUUAAUGAUGCUUUAAUUUUGGAAACAUGUAUAUACAAGCUUCUUGAGAAACAUUUUAAAUCGAAAAAUUGUUAUGUAGAUAUCGUGGAUCUAUUUUUGAAGUAUAAUAAAAAAGCAGGGCAUGGUCAAUGUCUAGAUAUAUUGAUAUCAACAAAUUGGGGAAAGAAGGCGAAUUUUGAUCUUUUCUCUAUGGACCAAUACAAUACUUUAGUAAAAUAUAAAACAUCUUACUUCUCAUUUAUUCUUCCAUUCAGUCUUGCUAUGCGUUUCGCUGACAUAAUCGAUCCAGAAAUGCAUAGGGAAGCAGAAAAAAUUCUGAUAAAAAUAAGUCAUCUUUUCCAAGUACAAAAUGAUUUUUUGGAUUAUUACAGUAAAGAAGAAAUCGGAGGAAAAAGUGGAACUGACAUACAAGAAGGAAAAUGUACAUGGCCUAUUGUGGUUGCAUUGCAGCGAGCUACAGCCAAACAAAAGAAAAUUUUAAAAGAAUGUUAUGGAGGAGCUGAUGAAGAAAAAGUAAAACGUGUGAAAGAAAUUUAUGAAGAGAUAGGUAUAUCAAAUAUCUAUUUGGAUUACGAAGAAGAAACGCAUAAUUUAUUGAAUACAUAUAUACAACAAUUAUCUUCGAAACUUCCGACUGAAUACUUUUUAUACUUACUUGCUACAUCAUGUAGAAAAAUAGGACAAAAAGAUUGUACAAAAUAUUCCAAAAACAUGGGAUCACACAUUCAAUUAUUCAGAAAUUCUUAAGAUAAUAUCAAGUGAUAUUUUCCUUUGCAAAAAUUUUCUUUAUUAUUUUUGAUAUUAUUAACGAAUUAUUAACGAAAAAUAUUGUCUUAUGUGUCAUGAACACAAAUAAAUUGAAGCAACAUAUUGAAGAAACUUACAUAUACAAUUAUUUUUUUUUAUUAUAAAAAAUAUGUAUUUUGAAUAAACAAUUAUAUUACAUGAACUAUAUUAAAUUAAAAAAAAAUUAAUCAAAUAAAUACAUAAAAUCAACCGUUUAAGAAAAUUCGUGAAAUCUUUUCUCCUGGAUAUCUUUUUUUAACAUUGAUAGUAUUCUGGUAUAUAUCCUUAUCCUUAAAGAUAUUCUUAACAGAUUUGCAUAACACUAAAUUGAUUAAAUUGAUAGAUAAAACAUCAUCAGAAAAUAAUACACACGAAGGCAAUGUAUCAUCCGAUCAAUCGGAUGAUUUAUCAUUUACUUCACACAUGGUUAAUGAUUAAUUAUAAUCACUAAUGGCAUAUAAAUACUCGCUCCGCUUCUAGUUACCUACACAUUGAUUACGUGAU